UCCUAAUGAAACAUGGAUGCGAAAAUUCUCAGUAAAAUACUAGCAAAUCAAAUUCAGCAGUAUAUUAAAAGAAUUAUUCACCACAAUCUGGUGGGAUUUAUUCGUGGGUUGCGAGGCUGGUUCAAUUUUCACAAUUCAAUAAACAUGAUACACCAUGCUAAUAAAAGAAGGGAUAAGAACCGUAUGAUCUGUCAAUAGAUGGAGAAAAAAACAUUUGACAAAAUACAGCAUUUUUUCUUGAAAACAAAAAACUCUCAGCAAGGUAGGGAUAGAAGAGACAUACCUCAGCAUCAUAAAGGCCAUAUGCCAAAUAUCUACAAUAUCAUGCUCAGGGGGCAAAAACAUUAUCCUCUAUGUAGGAAGCCAAAAGACAUCACCAAAAAAAUUGCGAGAAGUAAAAAAACUGCAAGAAAUGAAACACGAAUUUGAAAUACUUGCAGGAUAUGAAAUUAAUGUGGAGAAAUGUGUUGCAUUUCUAUGCAACAAUAAUGAGUCAUCAGAAAGAGAAAUUGAGGAUUCAAUCCCCUUCACAAGAGCACCGAAACCAAUAAGAUACAUAAGAUUCAGCCUAACCAAAGAGGUGAAUGCCCCGUGCUGUGAAAACUAUAAAAUAUUGAUGAAAGGAAUUGAAGAUGACAGACACAAAAUGCAAAAACAUCUUCCCGUCCUUGAACGGGAAGAACAAAUAUUGCAAAUAAGGUUAUACGACUCAAAGCAAUCUGCACAUUCAAUGCAAUCGCUAUCAACAUAGCAACAGCAUUUUUCACAGAGCCGGAACAAAUAACCCUAAAAUGUUUAUGGAACCACAAAAGAUUGAAAAUAGCCAAAGAUAUGUAGAAAGAGAAAAUCAAGGCUGGGGGCACCACAAAUUCAGACUUCAAGUUAUAUUACAGUUUUCUAGUGAUCCAAAGAGUAUAGUGCGGGCACAAGAAGAAGACACCUAGAUCGAUAGAGGAGAAUGGAAAACCGAAACAAGAUGCAAACCUGUAACUCUAGGCUGAAUUAAUACUUGACAAAGCAGGAAAGAAUAUCCAAUGGUUAAAUGACAGUCUCUUCAGCAAAUGAUGUUGGGAAAACUAGACAGCCACAUGCAGGAGAAUGGGAUGGGAACACUUUCCCACACCAUGGAUAAAAAAAAAUAAAUUCAAAAGGGAUUGAAGAUCUAAAUGUGAGACCUGAAACCAUAAAAGGUAGAAAAGAUAGGCAGUGACACCUUUGACGUGGCCAUAGGAUCUUCUUUCUAGAUAUGCCCCUGAGACACAGGAAACAAAAGCAAAAAUAAACUGUUGGGACUUCAUCAAGAUAAAAAGCUCUGCACAGUGAAGGAAACAACCAAAGCUAAGAGGCAACUUACAGAAUGAGAAAAGAUAAUUCUAAAAGACAGGUCCAAUAAAGAUUUAGUAUCCAAAAUGUAAAUCUCAGCAUUCAAAACAUGAAUUAUCCAACUGAAAAUGGGCAGAAGACACGAAUGGACAUUUUCUCUAACAUGACAUUCCGAUGGCCACCAGACACGUGGAAAGACACUCAAUGUCACCCAUCAUCAGGGAAACGCAAAUCAAAGCCACAAUGAGAUAUCACCUGACACUUGCCAUAAUGGCUAAAAGAAACAGCACAGGAGACAACAGGUAUUGGUGAGGAUGGGGAGAAAGGAGAACCCUCCUACACUACUGGUGGGAAAGCAAACAGAUGCAGCCACCGUACAAAAAUAGAAUGGAGGUUCCUCGGGUUCAAAAUAGAACUACCCCAAGACCAGAAAUGCACAACUAGGUAUUUACCCGAAGGAUACAAAAGUACAGAUUCGAAGGGGGAUAUGAUUUUCCUCAUGUGCUUUGCAGGUGAUUGGACCCGUCUUCCCGGGUCUCCCAGGUCACUAAGCCACGCUCUCCUUGGACACCUCAUGUCCCUGCGGACAUGCGCAGCAGAGGGCGGUCAAGAGCGAGGGGAAGCAGCUGGAGCCUGUCUGACCACAACAGGAUGGGCUCGGACGGAGCCCGCACUCUUCUCCCCGGGGUAGGCCUGAGUCCCUAUGAGGCUGCGGAGGGCAUUGCCUCCGUGGCCCAAGGACGUGGUAACACACGCACUUGCCCCGAAUGGUCCUCGUCCACGGGUGCUCUGCGUUCUUUCCUUCAAGGUUGUUGCUCAUUCGUGCCCACAGGCAAACCAUCGAGGUGCCACCCAUCCGCACACGGAGGACUAAGGCUGGCGCCCAAGGUCCCGCUCAUGGGCCUCCUAUCUAAGGGGUCUGAUUUCCGUCUCCUGCCCUGCUGGCCAGUGCGGCUUCACAGGAGCUGCCGGGGAGCCGCCUGGGAGGCGCCUGGUGUCAUUGGAAACUGGUUCCCCAGAUUCCGAGGCUGCCUCCAGACCAGACUGAGAGGCUGACCAGUCCAGAUUGGCGGGCCCAGGGUUCAAAACCCACGGGGACCUCAAAGUAUAUGUUUGUUUAAAAAAAAAUCCAUAUAUAUAUGAACGUAUGCAUAUAAUUUGGAGAUAUAUAUACAUAUGUAUCUCGAAAUUACAAAGUCAUUGCUACAAAUACACCUAAAAAGGAAAAGUGGAACACUCCGAAUGAAAAAUGACCAAAGUGAAAAGAAAUAAACCACACGAGUUUAACUGGAACAAGUAAAAAACGAAGGAAAAAAAUUAAAAUGACUUUCCAGGGAGGUGAAGCAGGAGGCUCGUGCCGGGCGCCCAGAGGUGGGGCCGGAAUCCUGAGCCCUUGUACCAGGGCCACGAAGGGGUCCGGGCAGAGACACGGUGCACAGGGCCUCAGGGUGCGUCUCUGUGCCUGAGCUGAGAUCCCGAGAGGCCUGUGGGUGCCGGGAAGGGGGCGGGCCCAUGCGACGCAGGCCAAGCUCCAACUCUUGCUUCGGGUGGUCCCGAGGCCCCGUCCCGGGAGACCUCCCUGGCCCGCCCAACGUCAGCCCCACUGAGGGCAGAGCCACCCAGGAAGCUGUGGGAAGGCCGAGGGGUGGGCCUUCCUGGGGCGGGGCCACCCAGGCCGUGGUAAGUCCCGCGCUGCCGCAUCCAGCCCAGUCGACCUGCCGGCGCCCCGAGAGCGAGCUCCUCCUGCAGCAUGGCCUCCAGCAGCACCCCCGGCGGCCCACUCCCUCGAGCACCCCGACGAAGGAGGCUCGUGUUGACGGCAAGCCAGAAGGGGGCCCUGCAGGCAUUCUUCCAGAAGAACCCUUACCCCAGCAUCACUGCCAGAGAACACCUGGCCCGAGAGCUGGCCAUCUCCGAGUCUAGAAUCCAGUGCAGAGGAAGCCUGCGCAUGGGUCCAUUGGUGAGGAGAAGGACACCCGUUUCCAGUGUCUUCUUGGUCAGUCAAAGUGCCUCAGCUCCCUACAGGGGACUUCAGCAGGAGCUGCAUCCUCUGCCCAUGCGGAUGACCAAAGAAGAAAUGACUCUUGUCCCCAUGCCGUCUGUUGUCUGGUUCCAAAACCAGAGAACGAGACAGCUAAGGCAGAGCCGCCGACUGGACUCCAGAAUUCCCCAAGGAGAAGGGCCACCGAAUGGAAAGGCACAGCUUCCAGGUGACUCCCCGGCACCCAAGAAGGGUCCCCUCCUGAGCCACUCCUUGACACAGGAACGUGUCUCUGUGUGCUGA